CUGAUAUAUUUCUCAUAUUUUACAGUAAAGAGAUCCCUUAUAAGACAUUUUGGACGAUAUUCAACCAUUGAGAGGCAGACAAUGGACAAUAUAUCCGUUAAAUUUAUAAUUAUAUGCACUUCCUUCAUUGUCUGUUGGAUUCCAAAUUUGAUUAAUGGGGUAGUGAUAAAUGUGUCAGAAGAUAGAUCGGGGCAGGUCGUUUUUAUGUUAAUAGUCCUUGAGUCUGUGUUGAAUCCUUUCCAAGUUCUGAUAGACUCUAUGGUGAUGUUUGGGUGGCCACCAAGAGGGUGUUGCUGUAUUUUAUUACGAUCUCAUCACCAUGACAACAGUAACUAUGCAAAUAUCAAUAACCUUGGAAGGUCAAGGAGGUCAAGGUCAUCCAGAACCAGUGAGACUGAUCCCUUACUCAGCUUUAGCAGGAACCAGCAUACUGUGUGAUAAGAGCAACAGUGAGGAUUGCUAACUUUGACUGUUAUUUAAAUAAUGAUGUCAUUAUAGUAGUUUAGUGCCAAGAUUAAGGUUAAUAUGUCAGUUGGGCUUGCUAUAGUUUUUAUGCUAACUUCUUUUAAUUAGUGUAUUUGCAGGUGGGUGGGAAGGGGGGAUUUGCUUUGGUGAAAAGGUACCACCUGCCUCUCAACCCAUGAAUCCUGGGUAAGAAUCCUACUGCUGGGUAAUGACUACAUUUUCUCAAGCGGGACCAGUACUGAAUUAUCGUUUAACCCUUGCCUUAUUAAAUAUCUAAAAUUGACUUGUCUACUUUACAAGAUAUGCAGAUCUUUUACUGCUGCCAUCAGUAGGCUAGUAGUUAGAAUGACUUUAAGCAGUCAUCAGAAUUAUGCUCAGAAUAUUAUGUUUUUACUUUGAGCAUAUACAGUUAAUAAACUACCAACCCAAGUAAAUACCAAAACAAAUUAAAGUGAUUUUCAUUGUUAAGUUGUGCAGAAUUGACUAUAUAUUUCAAAAGAUUGACUGUUUGACCAACAGUUGAUAUUGGACAAUGUUCAGGGUAAAAUAUAAAUCUGCCUAAAACAUAAAAAGACUGCUCUAUUUUUUUAUGAAUUGAACGUUACAGGUAAAUUCCUAUGGGUAUGUAUUUACAGAAAUUUCCUUGGGUCACUUGAGUUAUUGAUCAGUCAUGUGAAAUAAAAUAUAAAACUGAAAUGAAUUAAGGCAAAAUAAAAACUGAUUUUGACUUUCACUUGUUCACUCAUUAUAUGCCCUAGGAUGGGCAUAAUGUCACUUUGAACAAAUACAUUGUAUAUGAUCAUGACUAUAUUAUGUAUUGUUGACUCAAAAUUGCCACCAGCUUUGGAAAAAAUUAUGUAUUGUUGACUCAAAAUUGCCACCAGCUUUGGAAAAAAAUAAAUAAUGGAUUUUGUCAGAAAAUAAAGACAAAGAUAGAUUUUUUUUAUAAGGAAUUUUACCUUAUCUAUAAUAAAUUGAAUUGAAACAGUUAUUGUAAAGAGGUAACUGUUCUACAGAGGGUUACUCUGUGAGGAGAUUCUUCAUUAGGCAUUUAAGAUUGGAUAUAACUGUUCAAUGACCAUUUUUACUUUUGUAUAUCUAUACAUUUAAGUGCUCAGUCAUUAUCAAUUAACAAUGGGUGUUACCUUUAACUGACAUAGAAUUAUAAGCUCAUUGUAUAAUUAUAGCCAUGGCAUUUUUGUAUUUCAUUUAUUUUUCCUAUCUUGUAGAAUAUUUGUUAUAGCUGACAUUUUAAAGACCCAGACACUUUUUGCUUAGACCCUAUUUCCUGACUUGAUCCGCCCCUGUAAACUGUCAAUUAAUAACACUUUUUGAAGUCUGCAAUCUUUACUUUAUUGAGACUUGAUAGUACAUGGCAUUAUUUUUAUAGAAAUGGUUUA